ACUUAACGGCUCCCCCGUCUCCAUAACCUCACAAAAUAGAAAUUUAAUAUUUUAUUUUUUAUUUCCCGCGUCAAAUAAGCAAAACAAUAUUACUAAAGCAUUAUAAUGCUGAAUUUAUAGGAACCUUAUAUUGCCAUUAUAAAAUUAAGCCACCAUGACAGCUGCUGCUACUCCAUAUUGGAAGCAGUUAUGGCGCUGGACAUCUUCACAAAGUCUUACAAACGAGGAACUUAAAAAGGUUUUAGAUAAUAAGGACAUUAUUAACUGUUUACAGCAAGGACUUGCUUGUUAUAAAUCUUCUAAAGCUAACUCAUUUACAAAGCUGCAGUCUCAAAAUUCAGAACAAACAAAGCUCUUAAAUGUUGUACAAACACUGCAACAUUACAUUGAUGUAGACUGUUUUCAAAUAUGGGAAAUUUUAAAACAUUAUUUAUGUGAUAUUUCAUAUGGAACACCAGCAAAUGCAUUAAAAAAUGUUGCGUUUGUUGAUACAAGACCUACAUUCCUAUCGCCCAACGUUUGGAAUUUCUAUCAUGCUGAAAGACUAUUUGUAUUGAAGUUAUUACAAUAUAUUAUAGAAUUUAAGUCAGAUAAAAAUCAUAAGUAUAAUGAACUAUUUAAUAAAAUAUUCAAUGAUAUAGGUAUAAGCAAUUUAAAAGCUUCGCUGAUAUCACAAUUUGAGACACUGUUAGCAUCUGCACCUCCAUCAAGAAAGAUUCAAAGCGAUUUUAACAAUGAUACAGUGAGACAAGAAUGGGCUAAGUCUAACUUAAGGGAACAAAUUGCGAUACUUCAGAUUUUAAUGUUGAUAGCCAAUGAACAUCAAAUAACCCAAGAUGAGUUUGUCAAACUGUUCAAAUUGUUUAGAAAACAUAAUUUUGGCAAAAAUCAAGCUUUCAAUGAUCUCUUGGAAGAAAAGCAUAGAGAAGUGUGCAUGAGAGUAAUGUAUAUGGAAAUUGGGUUGUUUAUGACUAUUGUGGAUUGUGAGAAAAUUAAAAACCUGUCAUCAUGGAUAGAUGGAACUAAGGAGUCUGUAGAGAAUGAAUUUACAAAAAUUCAACCACAUAUGGAACAGAGCCCAAUGUUGAUGACCUGGAUGAUGAUUACAUUACAGAGUGAUCAACAUUUAAAAUUAUUUGAAACACAGUAUCAACAUUAUGGAGCCAUUUCACUUAGGAUGAAAGUAUUUGAGUUCCUGAGACAAAUGCUAAAUAGCACUUUGCUGAAUGAUGAUUCCACAUGUGCCAUAAUAGUAAGAAAGAGGGUUUUCAGACUUUUGAAUGAGAUAUGUGACAAAUUUGAUGGAGAUGGCACAAUCAGCUGUCAACCUGGCAUCAUGGAAUUAUGCUCCGAUUUGAUUAAGUCCAAAACAAUCGCUGAGCAGUUUUGGUUAUUGCAACAAAAAGAUGAUAAUUUUGGUGUGGUAUCUUUAUGGAAUUCAGCGUUAGAGUACUUCCCUUUUAAUUUUGAUGCAAUUUCCAUUUUGGCUGGUGGUUUAGCUGAAGCAGGGAAAGAAAGUGUAAGAAAUCUUAUUGCCGAACUCAAAAAUCUACCUGUAUACACAGAAAUAUACAAUCCAAAUACAGUACCAAUAGUAUCAUUACAAUCUGAAGAUGCAGUUAUUGGUAGAGAUUACUACCCUCUCGGCGAUAAUACCUAUCACAUUGAAGCUGGGUCAAAAGCAUCUAUCUUAGAACGGAAAGAAGGCACUAUGAUUCAUUUUCGUACACCCGUUUCAUACUGGACAGUAUUCAAUAGUGAAAUAGAGAAAGUUCUAGAUAGAAAACAAGGUCAUUAUAACUUAAACAUGACAUUAGAAAGGGUAUACAAAGGGACUAAAGUGUUGAAGGGUAUAUUGAAAGCGCUUGUAGAAGAUAAAGAGAUUCCUAAAAGUUUGGUGGGGCCGAGUGAAGGUGUGUUUGAUGUGUUAUUGAGGUUCAUGCGUGCAGAAACCCCACCAUUGCAAUUGUUGGUUGAAUGCCUCAAUGUGUGCAUUGCGUUGAUACCAUUGUUUUCUAAAGAAAUUCAUUUACGGUUAAUAAAUACUGGUCUCUUGCCCCGCAUAACGAAACAUCAGCUGUCCCAUGUAGAAUAUGCAAACGGUGUGUCCUUAGACUCGGCAGCAGUUGGCUCAUAUCUCAUAUCUAUUGAACAACCAAGUGGAACUUAUAAGUUUCUUACUACUUAUAUUGAUAUGUUAUGUGCCUUCCAUAAGGUAACAACAGAUGACCGUAUUAUAACGGAAAUCCUUCUGCCGGGGCUUAUUUUGAUUCUCCGUGAAGUAUUUCCUAAUGUUUAUGGUUGGCGGUACAGCUCAACCACAGAACGAAGGCUGCUCAUACAGAAAUGUGCAAACUAUCUCACUAUGGUUCUACAGCAGGCAGAUAAUAAACCCACAAUAAUGUUGUUGAAACGGACAUGCAUUCAUGGUCUGCUGUAUACAGAGAAUGCACUGGAAUUGCUGAAGAUUGUUUCUAUUGGUAACGAGUCUCUCGAAAAAAUAAUCCACGAAGAUACAAACUGGAUUUCUGGAUCAGCAUAUCAAUAUACAUUUACAUUACAACGUUGUCUAGCGUUGAUGAUGUAUGCGCUACGACAAAAGAGCCUUAUAAACGAUACAAACGAAGUGACUCCACUGGAACACCUGAUAUUCGCACAAAACAAACAAGUGGACAGACUGAAGGUUGUGCCCAAUGUGGUCAGCUAUAUUAAUCAUGCAUUCAACAAAAGUUUGUCGGUGUUGAGCUGUAGGCUUUUGAAGAGAUUUGCUGAUGGUUUCCAAAUGUCACUCUUUGCAUUGCUAGACAUGAGCGCGUACAAAGUUCGGGUCAUGUUCUUGGACAGAUUGCGCGAUGAAUACGAAACUAUUGGUGUUAAGGUGGCCAUAUUGGAGUUCGUCGCCACCUGUGUCGGCAAACAGCCUGGCUUGACCGAAGCAUUCUUUAUGAUGAAUCACGAGAGAGCUAAAGCAAUCGAAAAUGAAAAAGAAGCUGACACGAAAGUGAAAACAGAAGAAGAUGAUAGUUUUGAAGGUAUUUUGGGGUACAUGGCUGAUUAUUUGGAAACCGUUAAAUCUGAUGCCAAAUUACUCCAUAGUCCAUUGUUGGGUUGCAUCAUGGCCCUGUUUCAUGCACUUUGGAAAAACAACAUGCAAAUUCUCGUCAAAAAAUUACGCAAACAUCCGAAGUUUUGGGAACACAUGACAAGCCCUCUUUUUAGUGAAAUUCAACCUGAACUUCGAACAUAUAGUCAAAUAUUUAACGUUCUUGGAAUUGAGUUAUUUGUCUCGCGAGAAAAGCUCGAACCCAACUUUAAAGAGGUUCUAGAACAGUUCUUCGAUACAAACAAAAAGCAUCUUGAUACUUGGAUAGAUUUUAUAUUUUCCUUCAGAGGACGCGAAACUGAGGAAAGCGUCACCGAUAAAGUUCCCGUAUGGCUCGGACUUUUGACUUCAUGGAAAGACUUUACAACGAUAUUUUGCAAAUGUUUGCCUUUCAGUCUGAAUAUUGCGCACAAAACAAAAAUGGUUGCUCCCUGUAUGAGUGCGCUUUUGAACGAAUUAGAUGAUCUCAAAGAUGGACGUCUAGUCGUCAUACUCGCUGAGCUGUAUGUCGUAAUGCUGGCGAAUUGGAAGGAAGAUUGUUUCGAUAACAGAAAAGCCAGCGCCAAACAAAUUGAUAAUUUACUUACUAACUUAGCUGCUGUGUAUGAAUGUUUACAUCCGAGAGCAGUUCGUGCUAUAUUAUCUAUAGCUACAGUUGCUAUAAGUAGUUUAGAUUAUGAGAUCAAAGCCAACAGUCUUCUAGCGCAGAGUAUAAUUCGUUCAGUCACGAAUAUUAACAGCCUUGAAUUGGGCAAACUUUUCGAUUUCAUCAGAGAUGACACAACGAUGGAAGUUGAUAAAGAAUCGAAUGGACAGAGCGAGGAAAUACCACCGAUAGUUCUCUCGUUGGCUAUGCUUGAACAGUGUCUCGAUUUGUAUGACGACGUGUUCACAGGACUGUCACAAUGGUUCCAAUCGACUAAGUUUACCAACAAAUUACUCUGUUGCCUACAAGCGUGUUUGCAAAAUAGACGCCAUUACCACACGUCGUUGGCGGCGUUGCGUUGUUUGACCGCGUAUGCUAGAGGUCCGUUUUCCAAAGACUUAUUACUGAGCGAAAUUGAUCAAUUUCUUUGGAUGCAAUUGUUGCCACCGAAAAUUGAAGCUAAUCCCAAUGGAAAUAUGUGCGUUUGGACGCCUCAAGAGUGGUGGCGGGUUUACGGAUACAGUUUAGACUUUAUAUCAAUAAUGGUCAUGAAACAUGGGGAGUUCUUUGCUAGUGACGCGAUCACCUUUGUAGGCGUUCAUUUGGAACAUCUUGUAGAAGCGAUAUUACUGCCCCGUCAGAUGUAUAGCAUUGAUGCGUUGAAUUUGUGCGCCUCCACACUCAACCUUGUGGUGCAGCUUGUUAAGUUUGAGGCAAGAUGGCGCAUUUUGAAUAUCAACUCGUUAAUUUAUAUUAUGCGCAGUAUCAGUGCGUGCGUGCACCAGUGCGGCACGCUGAUGCUGCGUGCGCGGCGCGCGUCCGAGCCGCACGACGAGCCCGCGCCCGCGCCCGCCGCGCUGCACAGGGUGCUGGAAAUCCUGCACAUGGCGAUGCUCAGCCUGCUCUCAUUCAGCCCAGAACUAUUAAGCCUGCUAGCAGAGCCGGCGCUGGACCUGGAGCGUUGGCAGCCGCUCGUCGAGUUACAUUUUGGAGCGCCCAAGAUAACAUAUGAGCAGUUCCCGCAGCUCACGUUUGGGACUAUUCUGUCUGUCAUCUGUUUGUUGACGCGCUCUUUGAAUCAUGCGUACCACUCGGAGGAGACGAGCGGCGCGCGUUCGCCGGGCGGCGCGGGGGGCGGCGCGGCGGGUGCGGGCGCGGGCGCGGCGGGUGCGGGCGGGCGGCGGCGCGCGUGCUCGUGCUCGGGCAGCCCGGGCGAGGCGCGGCGCGCGCUGCGCAGCGAGUCGGUGGCGAGCGUGUCGUCCGCCGCCAGCGCGCUGCCGCCCGCCAGCGAGAAGCUGCUCGCCGGCGCGCUGCAGGCGGCGCUCACGCUGCUCGCCUCGCAGGCUCUCCUAGCAGUUCGUGAUCGAAGUGUACCGACUCGACACAAGCAGCUCGUUCGUCGCGAACUAGCUUCUGAGUUAACUGUGUACCACGAUUUUGUGCGCAAAAGAAUUCUUUGUGCCGCCCAUAAUCGUCCGCAUUUGGCGCGAAAUAAACUGGGCGCUUGGCCUUUAGCAGCCGAUGAAGAGGAAACUAGAAGACUUGAGGAAGUGAAAAGAGAACAAAACCCGUCAAUAGAAGACAACGACGAUUUAGCUUUACCCCCUCCUCCUCCCCCGAAACGAGCUUCACAAGAUUCCAUGCGAGAAUUUAUACUCCGCAAACACUUCUUGGACAAAUGCGCGCAAACUCCGACCAAGGAACCACCCUCGCCCGUGUCCCACUCUACUCCAGCUCCUGAUAAGAAGAAGGAAAGCCCACGAAGCCUUAAGCGCGUCUCAUGGGCUGAAACAACCAGAGAUAGUGAUGAAAUACUGGACACUUCACUCCAGGAAAUUGAAACUGCAUACUCAAAUUUAACAGAUGUACAAAUAAAUAAUGAUGAGGAUUAUUUCCAUUUUAUGUCGGUUGUUUUUCUUUAUAUUUGCCAAACUGAUUUAUAAUUUUGAUACAAUAAACAUGUUUAAUGUU